AUGCAGCCCCUGCAGCGACAGGUCGACAAUCUGCAUUUAUCGAUAUCGACCCUUCAUCGGUACCGAGUACUUCGUGCAGAUACAACACAACAAACAGAGACUGGCCCUGGCUAUGGCACAAGAAUCAUGCGACGAGUUGUCGUGACAGGGCUCGGCGCCAUUUCGCCCUUUGGCGUUGGCGUGCGCUCCACGUGGAAACGUCUGUUGGCUGGAGAAUCAGCCAUCACCAGUGUGGCUGACUUUGAGCCGCAGAACCGCUGGAAAGAUCUGACGAGCACAGUUGCUGGUGUAGUCCCCAGCCAUGGCUCAGGUCCCGAUCAGUGGCGGCCGGGCGACUGGCUGGAUGCCACGGAACAACGUCGCAUGUCCAAGUUUGCCCAGUACGCCGUAGCCUGCGCUGACAUGGCAAUGAAAGAUGCCGGGUGGAAUCCGGAGAGCCAGGAGGACAAGGAGGCCACUGGCGUAUGUCUUGGCAGCGGUAUAGGAAAUCUGGAGGAGAUUUACGAGACGAGCUUGGCGUUCAACCAACAAGGCUACAAGAAGGUUUCACCAUUGUUCGUCCCCAAGAUUCUCAUCAACUUGGCCGCCGGUCAUAUCUCCAUGAAGUACGGAUUGCAGGGCCCGAACCAUUCUGUCACUACCGCCUGCACAACCGGUGCCCAUUCCAUUGGAGAUGCGAUGCGAUUCAUUGCUUUUGGAGAUGCCGACGUCAUGGUUGCUGGCGGAACGGAAUCCUGCAUCCAUCCCCUGACCUUUGCUGGUUUCGGGAGGGCAAGGUCCCUCUCCACAGCCUACAACCACAACCCCCACGCCAGCUGUCGUCCCUUCGACCGCGACCGCAAUGGUUUCGUCGUUUCGGAGGGGUCGGCAGUCCUGGUCCUAGAGGAACUCGAGCACGCCAAGGCCCGCGGAGCCAACAUCUACGCGGAGGUGAGGGGCUACGGCUGUAGCGGCGAUGCGCAUCACAUGACGGCCCCGCGGGAAGAUGGACACGGAGCCUUCCGCGCCAUGAAGCUUGCUCUGAAGAACGCGCAAGUCCGGCCGGCCGAGGUGAGUUACAUCAACGCGCACGCAACUGGGACGCAGGUUGGCGAUGCGGCAGAAGCUUCCGCGAUACGAAGCAUCAUGUCGGGAGAGGAGGGUUACGCGGACGAGUCGCAGGUGACUGUGAGCAGCACCAAAGGCGCCGUUGGCCAUCUGCUAGGGGCGGCUGGCGCCAUCGAGGCCCUGUUCGCCGUGCUAUCGGUUGCAGAGGAUAUCGUACCGCCUACACUGAACCUCGAGAAUCCAAAUGUCGGGGGAUCCAUGAAUAUGGUACCCCUCGAGGCACAGGCGAAACAGGUCAACGUUGCUAUUUCCAAUAGCUUUGGCUUUGGCGGUACGAAUGCCUCGCUCGUUUUUUCCAAGCUACGUUGA